AUGCCACAGAUUACAAACAUUCCGGAAUCAAGGAGGAUAGCACACUCUACUUGUUACACUGAGCCUGAUUUCCGAUUCACUUUAUUCACUUUUCUCUUCCCCUUUCUUGUUCUUUACAUCUUUCGUCUUUAUGUCCCAAGCACCAAGAUCUCAGCAAUACCUGACCCAACAGAACCAAGACCGGAGCUACAACGCCGACAAGCAAUAGACAUUCCUGAAGCCGCCGACGCUUCGCGCAUCAUAGGUGAUAUCUCUGAUCGCGUGGAAGAUGUCAGUACCGGAGUAAUAGAGGAAACUGAUAGCGAACCUCCACCAUCGAGAUCUCAAACUACUGAGGAGAAAACAAGUUCCGUGGAACAGCCUACUCAGCCUUUGAAUACCAUCUUCACACCAAGUAAAGAUUGCACAGGAGAUGAUGCACUCAAAACAAGGAUUACGAGUACCAAUGUCUUCGUCGAGAUGGAUGAUGGCGCAAAAAAAGAGUCAUGUUACCCUUCGGCUUAUAUCGAGUAUCAGUACGAGCCGGAAACUGUCUACUACUCCCCAGGAGUGUGCCCUCUUUCGUACGUUUACGCAUCGACCUCGGUAUCGACUCAUGUCAAUUCCCCAGACACAACAUUUGCCAAAUGCUGUCCAUCCGGUAUCACAACAUUGUUAAGCGGCGCUUGGUCCUGUCGGAAGACGGUCACGACAGACGCUACUGUUGUUCUUUCAAGUGGUUCCGAAAUCACCGUGCGCUCUAUGACUUUCUUCGCGAAUCCGAUCUUAGUCGCAUGGCAAGUAUCCGAUAUCUCUCACUUUUCGCCUCAAUCGGAAGUACGCGCAGCUCUGGAAAGCGCCGGUGUGACGUUGCCGCCCCAACUUUCGACAGCAAGCAGCACCACGGACGAAACUUCCCACUCGACGUCUAACACAAAAGAUGAAGAUGGAGAUCCGGACAACGAUGGUGGCGGUUUGAGCACUGGGGCUGCCGCAGGCAUUGGUGUUGCUAUUGGGCUUGUUGGUAUCAUGAUUAUGGUAGCCAUGUGGUGGUUCACGAAGCGAUAUAAAGUUACUCGGAGGACUAGAAAUGUGGGCGAGAGCGGUCAGUCGUGGGUACAGCAGAUCUACCAAGUUCCAGACACAGCAACAAAGCCAGACGAAGUUGUCGACACGUCGAGGAGUGCGCUGUAG